ACUGCAGCCUGUACGCUGGGAAUGGCUUGUGUCUGAUCCCCUCUCAUCUCUGGAUUCACCGCUCACGACUCACACUUUCCAAGCGCUUGUAGGCAGAUCAGCAGCGAGCGAUUAAAAGCAAUCAUGUCUGACGAUUUUGGCUUCUUUGAAACCGUAGCUGCAGGAGAGACGGAGGAAGAUCCAGCCGCUGCUUUCCUGGCCCAACAGGAGAGUGAAAUUGCCGGGAUAGAGAAUGAUGAAGGCUUUGGGGUAGUGCAAGGGGACAGCCCUGUCGAAGAGGCUGACAUGGUUGAUUUCAACGACUUUGGGACCAUCCCAAUGAAUGGAGAACUCUACCAGGAGACUUCAGAUUUUAGUGAUGGAUAUGCAGCAAUAGCACAGGCUGAUCGACUGACCCAGGAGCCAGAAAGCCUAAGGAAAUGGAGGGAGGAGCAGAAAACGCGCCUGGAGGAGCUGGAUGCAGCCUCAAAAGUGAUGGAGCAGGAGUGGAGAGAAAAGGCAAAAAAAGAUUUAGAUGAGUGGUAUCAGAGGCAAAGUGAACAGAUUGAGAAAAGUAAAGUAUCAAACAGAGCAUCGGAUGAAGCCUUGGCAGCGGAUACAAAGGAAGAGGAAACUGGCACAGAAUGGGAGAGAGUUGCCCGCCUUUGUGACUUCAAUCCUAAGAGCAGCAAACAGUCAAAAGAUGUUUCUCGUCUUCGAUCAGUUUUAAUCUCCUUAAAGCAGACACCUCUAUCUCACUAGAUUCACCUUUACUUUACGCCUCACUCCCCUGCUUUACAUAAUACCAAAGAAACUAUAACUUAAAGGGCAGGACAAGUAACAGCAUAUGAUGUCCUCUGUUGAGCAGGCCAUUUAUUUUUCCCCCCAGUGCACAAGUCUACUGAAAUAGAAACUAGUUCCAGAAUAUCAAAGAGUUGUCCUUAUCUUAAGUUGUUUCAGUUUAAAAUGGGGCAUGUGUUUGAUAGGAUUCCUAGGUUAAAGUAUGAUGAACCUUGUUUUUCAUUCAGUACCUGAAUUAAAAUUGUUUAUUUUUCGAAUGGUGUGUGUAUAUAUAGCACAACAGGACCUGUCUGGAAGAUCCUAGUGUAUAAAGUGUAAAUCGUCUGUCUUGACAGGUGGAAAUUGCAUGUUGAGAUGCUUCAUUUCAUAGCAGAGGAUUCGCAAACCGAUGCACAUACACAUAAUUGCACCUUUAAGCUUUUGCCAGCAACACAAGUUCAUGGCUUUGGUAGUCCUUAUUUCUUACCCUUCUUUCUACCAGCAACUGAUUUGUUAUGUGAUGGAAGACACUUCUGUAUAAGUUUUAACUUGGUGCAGAAUAUAAUUAAGAACUACAAUUCCAAUUAGAUUUAUUGAUGACUAGACUCUAAACCAGAGGUUGGCAAAUGACUGGGUGUAAGCAGCAAACUAUAACUAUUAAAAUCUAUAAUCUGUGUUUAUCAAGCACCUAUAGUUGACAUAUAUAUAUAUAUAUAUAUAUAUAUAUAUAUAUAUAUAUAUAUAUAUAUAUAUAUAUAUAUAUAUAAUAUAUAUAUAUAUAUAUAUAUAUAUAUAUAUAUAUAUAUAUAUAUAUAUAUAUAUAUAUAUAUAUAUAUAUAUAUAUAUAUAUAUAUAUAUAUAUUAAUAUAUAUAUAUAUAUAUAUAUAUAUAUAUUAAUAUAUAUAUAUAUAUUAAUAUAUAUAUAUAUAUUAAUAUAUAUAUAUAUUAAUAUAUAUAUAUUAAUAUAUAUAUAUAUAUUAAUAUAUA